AUGCACGUUGAUCAACGUAAGGAAGGAGGGAAGAGCAAAUCUAAAGAGGUCGGAUUGGGGGUUUCGAUAGACGAUUAUGGUGGGAGGUCGAUUGGGAGUAUUUUUCCGAGAGCUGUGAAAAAGAGCGCCCCAGAGAAUAAGGUUAGCAAUUAUUUCACAGUUAUACAAAUAUCAUAUGAAGAUCUACCACUGUCGGAAGACGGUGGCCAUUGUAGACGGAGUUUGGAUGGUUUGUGGAGUGCUGUUUGCGAUCGAGGAGCAGAAGAGCAGAAGGGAGAAGUGAGAACUGCGGCCACCGAAUAUCUCCAGGCCAAUCUUCGUAUGUUCCAGCAAGCUCCGGUUACCUCUAUCAUCUCCUCCACGCUUUGA